UUCCACCACAAGUUGCCCGCGAGGGGAGCCGUGGUCCUACUCGCCUUUCUCCUCCAUGGAUACGCCGUGCAGGCUGCCUCUGUCCCCCGCCACUACAGGCUCCGAGGUGGGGAGGGCGAGGGGCAGCCGGCUGCCUAUCCACCCAGCUCCGACAUGAUCAAAGCACUGGAGUACAUUGAGAACCUGAAGCAGCGGAACGGGGGCCGACCUGAACCCGGAUACGACGAAGUGGACAAGUUCAGGGUCCUGCUUCAGCUCGCCUCCCAGCAGGACGAGAGUCCCGGGGACCGUCAGCCAGCCCCCGGCGUGCAGAGGCAGGACAUCACCGCUGACCAGCUGAUGAAAGUCCUACUCCAGUCUCUCCAGGAUCGUGCUGGAAAGGACGCGAAGCCCAGCCAGGUUUCGGCGCCCAGGAACGACCGCCGCACGCACAGGCACCGCACCAAAGACACCGAAGUCCCCGUGAGCUCACCGGCCAGACUACGGUAAUUUCCCCAGACCCACAAAAAAUACCCGCUGAUGUUCGAAGACGAGGAGAAUACAGACGCUUCCAAACGGGCCACGGAGGACCUGGAAGAGCAGUACACACCCCAGAGCCUCGCCAAUUUACGGUCCAUCUUUGAAGAGCUUGGGAGGAUGCCCACCAUCUCCGGCCAGAAGAGAGACGUGUUUGGGGACGACGACGAGGAUGAAGAGGACGGGUUCAGCCUGAGGAGUCCGUCCUACGAUGAUGCGGCCGCGGGAGAUGAGUGGGUCCCCGUGGAGGAGAGGGAGGAGACUGAGGAGAUGGUCAAUGGGAGCCACGAAGAAAUGGACAGGGCGCUCGGUGAGCAGGAGGAAGCAGAGAGGGAGGAGAUGCAACGCCGGGCAAGCCAGAACCAAGAGGAGGCCGACGACGACACCAAUGUAGACUACUACCUGUUAAAGGUCCUGGAGAUGAGCGACCAGACGCAGAGGAGGGAUAAGACCGGGGAGCAGAGGAAGAGACUGAUCCGCCCCUCCCUCGUGGACCCUCGGACAGUGAAGCAGCUGCUGCAGCUCUCCCUGAAGCUCCACGUCCCUCCACAGGACCUCAUUGACAUGAUGCUCACAGAGGAGCUCAGAAAGUUCCACCGAACCCCAACCUCGGCGGCUCGCUACCCGACGGGCCAGACCCCAAAGAUCAGGUACUACAGCCGCAGAUUGCCGGUGAAGAGCAAGCCCGUCCCCGAAGACAUGGACCGAGAGGACUUUUUAGACAUCAUCGGCGUGGAGACCAUCAGCAACGAAUACCCUCUGGUGCAGACGGCGAAGAUCUCCCCCUCCUCGGACAGGAUCCCAGUGGCGUCCAAACCCGUUGCAAAUCCCGGACCAGUUAAAAUCCCUCUCUCCGGGCGCAGGGAGAACCUCUUUUUAUCAGAGCUCAACAAAAUGCCGCUGAAACGCCAGUCGGAUGUCGCCGAUGAUGAAGACGACGAAGGCGAGGUGGAGGACGAGGUGACGACCUACCUGGCGGCCAAAAUCCUCACAGAGUACCCAAACCCCAUCUCCAAGAGGGACACCCAGGCCCAGCUGAAGGGACAGUUCCCCUACGAGCUGUACGAGCGGGUCAUGAAGGACUACUUGGGUCAAGCUGACACCGAGAAGAGGCCCGUGGCCAAGAGGGAGACCGAGGAGGCCACGGAGGAGAUCGUCGAGCCCACGGAGAUGCAAGAGGAGAUAACGGCCAAGACCUCAGCUCCACAGACCGUAGACGUUGAGGUGCGCCGUGAAAAGAAGGUGGCCGGGAUGUAGCCUGACGCCCUGCAAGACGCACGAAAUAAUGAAUAUAGUAUUUAUACAGUCUCAAAAAUAAAGUUUGGUGGACGUGAUCUAGUUUACAAAUGUAUAGUAUAGCUGGUAUAACUAAUAUCACCCUAACGAAAAUGAACUAUAGCAAUCUUACAAGUCCAAACCAUUUCUAAAAUAUAUACGAGUCCCUAACUUGCUGCAAGAACAUUAUGACGAUGUAUUGAUUUCAUAGGAGAUUAAAAGGUGCAAUCCGUGCAUAUAUGAGAAAACAAGUAUCCUCAAGACACUUUUGAUUUCAACGUGUUGCCACUCUCAAAUUUUGCCAAUUAGGCCUAAUAGUAUACAUCAACUAAUAUCAAAUCACAGUGAAAUCCAAGUUAUUAAAGUUUGGUGAUGUUGUUAAAGGUUUGUUUAGGUUUAUUGUGUUCGUAAACAGGCCUAUAUUUUAAAUUAUAAUCUACCGAGUAAUGUAAAAACGCUUAUUUUUCAUCUGUCAUACUAUUCAAUUACAUACGUGAAUAUACCUGUACAUUAUUAAGCAUAAUGCUGACUGGGCCUCUAAAACAUAAGUAUACUGAGAGGGGACCAUUAUAGGGAUUUUUCGUUAGGGCAGCGUGUUGGGCUGAGAGCGAGUGUUGUUGUGACUCGUGAUAUAUUCAGGGUUAGUGGAUUUAAUGUUAUUAUAAUGGAUAAUUAUUUCCAAGUCUAAAUAUCAGACCGUCGCCUGCCUUCCAACCCUUUCAUACUGCGAAGCUCUGUAUUGUUGGCCUACCAGUGGUUGUGCUAUGUAUGCUCAUUUUUAAACCAUUUUGUACAUGUUCAAUAAUGUGUGAUGAAUCACAGAUGAAUAAAGCAUCAGCUGUAUUAUUUUUCCUU